UGUGAGUCGUUUUUAGGUUCAUCAAGGUGGGCUGUGGUAGGUAUAAAGGGAGGAGCUCCUCCUGGGUCUGAGGUUCGAGGGUAUUUUCAGCAUUUAAGAAGGAUUCAUCACCAACAUUGUCUUGUCGCGUAAAUCUGUUUAUAACGCCGAUUGAUCGUACACAAUCAUCAUACACUAUCUGACUUACUACAUUCAUCAUACGCACAUUCACCACCAUGACGUCCCCAUCAGCAGCACUCAUGCAGAGCAUCCGCUCGGGCACCACUCACUUCAACGCCAUGAGUCCCAAGGAUCGCGUCAAGCUUGUCGGAAUCAUGGGAUACUGCACACUCGCCUUUAGCGCACCCUUUGCCGGAGCUGCAGAGGCAAGUAGACGUACACGCGAUGAUACCACAUACGCAAAGAU